ACGCGCACGAAACUAAUAAUGGACUACAACUACCUAGUUGCAUUUUUCUUUGACCUUCAGUGGGAGGGGACAGAACCAGAGCAAGCAUGGCAACCAGAGUUCUUACAAAAGGUUUGUGCCGGCUCCGUCAGCCCCGGCUUGUUACGGCCGGAUAUUCCUUAAGUGGACAGUUCUAUGCGACUGCUGCUGCGGCAGUCAAUACAGCCCCCUUGAUAACUGAAAAAACAGAUGUCACUGACAAGAUCCUAAACAUACCUCUUCAAACGCCAGAUUUCUUCCGCUUGUCAGAACUGUUUUCAUUGCAAGACCUAUUCGAUGCCAGAGUGCACCUUGGACACAAGAAAGGAUGCCGACACAGGCUGAUGGAGCCCUACCUGUUUGGCUGUCGUCUCGACCAAGAUAUUAUUGACCUGGACCAGACAGUGGAGCACCUACAAAGUGCCCUAAACUUCACUGCCCAUAUAGCCUACCGCGGUGGUAUCAUCCUAUUCAUUUCCCGCCGCCGCCAGUUUGGCCACUUGGUAGAAAGCAUGGCACGGGACUGCGGAGAAUAUGCCCACGCGCGCUACUGGCAGGGCGGCCUGCUAACCAACGCCCCCAUCCAGUAUGGCCCAGGGGUCCGCCUGCCUGACCUAAUUGUCUUCCUCUCAACGCUCAACAACGUCUUCCAGCAGCAUGUGGGGAUCCGCGACGCGGCCAAAAUGAACAUACCCACGGUGGGGGUGGUGGACUCUAACUGCAACCCCAGCCUGGUGACCUACCCGGUGCCUGGGAAUGACGACACGCCGGCCGCCAUGGAGCUGUACUGCCGCCUGUUCAAGACCGUCGUCAACAGGGCCAAGGAUAAGAGACGACAGAUGGAGCUGCUGCACGGCCAGUCAGCAACAGCCCCCACAGCGAGCUCCUUGUAAGAGGAAACCAGGCGGAAUGAAUAAAGGCCUUGCACCUGAUUUAGUCCUGGGAAAAUGCAUUAUUUUCUCACAGAUUUUAUGUAUUUGUACAGUUGUUGCUAUUUGUCUAGACUCUAGAUAUAUCGUUUUCAAUGCAAAUUAGCCAUUUAUUUUAACGUUAAUAUGAAUAUUUUGCACUUAUUGUUACUGUUUAUACUGAUUGAAAACACAUUUUACAAUUUAAAACAAUGUUUUCAUCAACUAUUUUCAAGAAACAAUUCUCUGCAAAUGGAAUGUGUCCUUUAUCAUGUUUCUUCAGCAGUUCUUCACUGUCUCUCAUUUUCCACCUGUGAUACCAUUUAAGACUAUGUCAGCAUAAACUAUAGUGUAGUCUCUCACUUUCUGAAGGAGGACAAUAGAAGGGAAGUAUUUUUUAAAUAAAGCAAUGUGUAAACAUAAAUGUCAAAUUUAAUAUAAAUGUUUAAAUAAAUGGCUAUGUUGCAAUGCAAAGUGAGUCUAGCUGUAUCUUUAGAGAAAGCUUACUCAUCUUCUCAUUUUCUGGUCACAUUAAUUUUUUUCUGUAUCAGAUGAUGCAAAUGCACUCAUACUACUUAUCAAGUAAACUUUUUGAACUGUG